AGUCUGAAUUCCAUUUUCACUUUAUUAUUUUGUUAAUGUUUAGUUUUUGUGACAUUUGAUUAUCUCUUUUGUCGUUGAUGAUCAAGAAUACAUUCAUCGUGGAAGAACUGAAUGGAACGUUGUCCUGCCCACUAUCUGUUGUCAAGCAUGUGAAGAUAAAGAAAGUUAUGGAGUCUCUAAAUUUUGAAACUCUGUUAGAUGGUCUGCUUUGGACUUGUCAUCCAGAGACUCUGUCAAUUGAUAGAACCUGGGAGCACAAUGAGGAUUUUGUACAGUUUUUGAGGGAGAAACUAAUGCAAAGAGGUUUUGCUACUGUCUGUUGUGACUCGAGACGUAUCAAAUGCUGGAGGCACUACCUUAAGGAAAUUGAAGUUGAGAGCUCUACUAGACAGUAUGGGAAUCCUUCUUCAUCAUCUCGAGUCUCAACCGUUUGUUUCAAACUCACAUGGUAGAAUAAGCGCACUGGUCUAUAGGACUGAAAACUCAUUUCGUCUGUCUUGAUUUGC